CAGAGGUUGUUGGGCGAUAUGACAGGACUACAGACAAAAAAGGUAGCGAGCAACAUGUUUGUAAUCACGCUUUGAUAUGUUAUCAAGAGAAAUCGCUCUGCCUAAGUUAUCUAGUUGGGUGACGUCCCUUAGCGCUGGUAAAAUAUGAGGGAGUCUGCAUUUCUUGUUCUUUGCCUUCUUCUUACUUCGACGACCUCACAAAUCACAGUUGCCAGCGAUGGCUGUCAGGCGAGGACGUUUGGCCAGAGCUCAACAGUGUGUGAGUGUAACGCCACACACUGCGACUCUGUCGGCCUGGUCCGCCUGCCUGCUGUGGGCAACUUCCUGACGUUCCUGAGCAGUCAAGCGGGUAGCAGGCUUCAGAAGGAGCAAGCUCAGGUUCAGAGGAACAGCAGUGGUACAGCUCUCAGGAUCACUCUGGUGCCCAUGCAGAAGUACCAGCAUGUUAAGGGCUUUGGCGGAGCCAUGACAGACGCAGCAGCUAUGAACAUUCUGUCCCUGUCGGAUGGAACGCAAGACCAGCUUCUCAGACAGUACUUUUCCCCAGAGGGUAUAGAGUACAAUGUGAUCAGAGUGCCAAUGGCCAGCUGUGAUUUUUCAACUCGCCUUUACACCUAUGCCGAUUCACCCAACGACUACAGCUUGCUCAACUUUAGCCUGCGUGAGGAAGACGUGCACAUGAAGAUCCCCCUACUGCAGCGGGCCCAGGCUCUGUCCUCUCGCCCCCUGGCUCUGUUUGCUUCGGCCUGGAGCGCCCCUGGCUGGUUAAAGACCAAUGGUGCACUAAUAGGAAAGGGCUCCCUUAAAGGCAAGCCAGGGGGAAAGGAGCACAAGACCUGGGCACAGUAUUAUAUCAGGUUUCUGGACGAGUAUAAGAAACACAACCUUUCAUUUUGGGGGCUGACCACUGGCAACGAGCCCACAGCAGGCAAAAUGACCAAUUACAGCUUCCAGGCUUUGGGAUUCACGCCAGAAACCCAACGUGAUUGGAUUGCGUUGGACCUUGGUCCUGCCCUCCAUUCCUCCCCAUAUGCGAAGACCCGCCUAAUGAUCCUGGAUGACCAGAGACUCCUACUUCCUUAUUGGGCCAAAGUGGUUCUGGGUGACAUACAUGCAGCACGCUAUGUACAUGGCAUCGGUGUUCACUGGUACUGGGACCACUUAGCUCCUGCCAAAAUCACUCUGACGACCACACAUAAUCUCUACCCUGAGUACUUCCUAUUUGGCACUGAAGCGUGCUCUGGCUGGAACAAGCUUGACCCUGGAGUGCGUCUGGGAAGCUGGGAAAGAGCUGAGGCCUACGCUCAUGACAUUAUAGAGGACCUAAAUAAUUAUGUGAGCGGGUGGACAGACUGGAACCUAGCACUAAACCUUGAAGGUGGGCCAAACUGGGUGAAGAAUUUUGUGGACAGCCCCAUCAUAGUCAACCAGAGGAGUGAUGUUUUCUACAAACAGCCAGCCUUCUACAGCAUGGCGCACUUCAGCAAGUUCCUGUGGGAGGGAUCUCAGAGAGUGGGUGUGUCAGUUUCUCAACACACUGACCUGGAAAGCACCGCCUUCAUCAGACCUGAUGGCUCAGCAGUGCUGAUUGUUUUGAACAGGUCUGAUGCAGAGGUGACGUUUGAGUUGUGGGAUCAGCCGGUCGGCUUUCUGCCAGCAGCUGCUCCUCCCCACUCCAUACUUACGCUGCUCUGGGCUCGCUCCUGACACACCUCCUGCUUGGAGUGGGGCAGCAGUGCACACCCAGUGAUUUAAUAUACAUUCUGUGACUCUCAUUACCACAAUCGAGCACACUUAAAAUUGUUCAAGUAUUAAUAAUCUGAAACAUUUCACAUUUAUACUUCAGUCAUAUGUUCAAUGUUUAAAAAGUGUAGCCAGAAUAGGGUUUGUAUUUCUUUCUAUGGAUUUGCAGCCAAGGAUCUAACCUAGGGUCUGUGUUCUCUAUACUGAGCAUGUGUCAUUAUGUAGGGUUUAAACACUGACCAGUUUACACACUAUGAAAUGUUAACACAAAAAGCCCUCCUAACUACUGGUUUCUGCUCUCUCACAUGCUGUUGGGAUGAGUAAGCAGUGGCCUGAAAUGACCAAAUGCUUUUGCUGUGAUGGUUACAGCCUGUGCUUGAAAUCAGCAGUUGAUUCUAAAGAAAAUUAUCCUUGUACAGCAGAGAGUAAGAGGAAAAGAUGACACUUUGUUAUGCACUUUUGAAAUUUUAAGUCAUCACUUAAUAAGGAAAUGCAAUGCUACAUCUGCAUCUACCCAUAUAAAAUACAAAUACCACUCAUUUACAGUAACUCAAAAUCUCAUGACCUGCUUUUUAAUAUAUCUUGGUAGACAAUUUAAAGCAAUGUGUACAUAACUGGAUGGAAAUGUGUUAAUCAGGUUGUGAUAUGAAGGCCUGGCUGCAGUUGUCUUGAUAAACCGAUGAUACAGUGUCCAUUCCAUGAUGGGUUUAAAAAUACACAUGAUGACAGCCAGUUCGGCGCAAGCCUGCGGCUCACGUACCAAAAGCAGGAACCCCUGCAGCCCAUUAGGGGUGUUGAAAACGUCAAAUCAUUGUUGCUUCUUCGACAGAUAUAAGCACCACAACCUCGUCUCUGAUCAACACCAAUUUGUCAGGCUAAUAAAAGCCAGUGUGAAGCUUACUGAGGUAUUGGAGUAUUGUAUCACAGUGUUAAGCCAAUGAAUAUCAAAGUGGAGUGGGUUAGCACAAAAAGUAAUUAUGACUGUACAUUGAUAAAAUUGUUUAACAGUUUACCUUAAGAAUCAUUGCUGUGCUAGAAAUGACCUUCAAACUAAUAAAACAAUGAAAGCAAAAGGUA